UCAUGCUCUUUGGAGACUGACUGGUCUAAAAAUCAUUUUUUGAGACACACGCAUCAGCUCAUACUUCUGCAAAAGCCACGAAUCUGAGGUUAUGGCAACAGAAGUCAAGUGGAAAGCUUUGUGUGUGUGCGUCCUCGUCUAUAAACUACAACACACUGUCGACCAACGACUCACUAAGAGCUGCAUUGUUUAGAUGUCAUUACAAGUAUGUGUGGAGGUAAACUGUGGUUUGUUUUGCUUCUGAGGCUGUUUCUCACUGACAGCGAAGGGGUACAUCAGUAUCUUGUGAAGACCAUUGGUAAAGAACUAGAUGUCACUCCACUAUGCACCAAUAAAACUGGGAGCUUUAUCACAUUCAUAAUUUGUAAGAUCAGAACUGAGAUGAGCCGGGGAAAAACGUGUUGUCUGUUCUAUGAUCAUGGACAAGACUUUGUACAUGAAUGUGACUCCAGAUUCACACUAGUGAAGGAAAAUCACACCGUGUUUCUACACCUGAUCAAUUUAACACCAAAGGAAAGUGGGAACCACACCUGUGAGUGUUCAUAUGUUGGUGGAACACAGUUUCUUCAUCUGAAUAUCACUGUGAAAGAUAAAGAGACCAGCGGUUCUUUCAUGACAAGAUUCAUUUUUAUCGCCACUUCUACAGCACUUAUCAUCGUGACUGGAGUUGUCCUUGGACUUAUCCUGAGGAAAAUUCAUUCCAGAAGUCAUACAAGGUCGAGUCCAUAUGGAUUAUCUAAUGAAGACAACCCAGACGACCAAUACACAAGCCUGAGGCAACCAGAAGGUGAUCUGUACCGUAUCCUCGAGUGCCAUCAACACAAAGCAUAUGACAAGAUGCCACAUUCAGCCUACAGCCACAAAGCCACUGCCAAUUUGGAGCAAGAACUAAGCAGAAAAGCUGAAACAGAGACUGACCAUACGUGUGAAAUCUAUGAAAACAUUUAACCCAAGUGUCAAGGCAUGUGUCCGGUUGUGGUGAUAGUGUUGAAAAUAACUUUAUUGCUAAUGUUGGUUGCAGACUGAGAUUGUUAAGAGAAGGAAAGACACUCAAACUGAGUGGGUGUUAACUAAAAUGUCCAACGUGUGUGUGUGUGUGUCAUAAAUAGUUGUGGUUUAUCUGAAUGGUGAGGCAUAAAUAAAUCAUAUAAAGAAAGUGUUAAAACUCUUUAUCAUUAUUACUAAUGUGUACUUACGAUGACACUGCACAGAAAGAAGACUAAAGAUCCAGUUACUGUUAUACACAGCCGUUGGCUAUAACGUGAUAAUUAGCCUACUGCUUACAUUGCUUAAACUUAUAAUGCAUAAUUUUACAAAUUUAUGUGCA